AUGUCGUGCUGCCAGCCCUGCAACCCCUGCUGCCAGCCCUGCGGCCCGACCCCGCUGGCCAACAGCUGCAAUGAGUGCUGUGUCAGGCAGUGCCAGAGCUCCACUGUUGCCAUCCAGCCCUCUGCUGUGGUGGUGACCCUGCCCGGGCCCAUCCUCAGCUCCUUCCCACAGAACACCGUGGUGGGAUCCUCCACCUCCGCUGCCGUUGGCAGCAUCCUCAGCUGUGAUGGAGUGCCCAUCAACUCCGGGGGCUUUGACCUCUCCUGCAUCACCAGCUGCUACCGUGGCAGAUGUCCCCCCUGCUAA